UGGAGUUGGGAGAACCCAUCCUGACCAUGAAGGGCGGCAAAGGCAUCGAGAACCCGGCUUUCGUCGCCUCCAGCCCAGACACCCCGCACCGUUUGUUUGCAUCGCCCUCUCACGUCGAGGUCUCUGACUUGUCCGCCAAUACCCAGAGACAGAAUUCGCAGCCACAGGAACCUCAGAAGCCCCAGAAGUCACCGGAGCCACCCCGGCCUUCGGCGGAUCCCGCUGUCUCCCAAGAGCUGUCCGUUCCAGAGCCGCUGAACGAGUUUGAGGAGGGACCCUGUGGGUGUGGGAACUUACAACCGCGGGGUCUCCAGCGCUGCAACACGCCCCAGGGCUUUCUGCUUUACUAUUGCCUUUUGGCCCUCACGCAAGGUAUUAUAGUAAAUGGCCUCGUAAAUAUCAGCAUUUCCACUAUUGAGAAGCGCUAUGAAAUGAAGAGUUCUCUGACGGGCCUGAUAUCAUCAAGCUAUGAUAUCUCCUUCUGUUUGUUAUCUUUAUUUGUGUCAUUCUUUGGUGAAAGAGGCCACAAACCAAGAUGGCUUGCAUUUGCAUCCUUUAUGAUAGGACUGGGAGCACUUGUAUUUUCAAUGCCAAAAUUUUUUGGUGGAAAAUACCAGUUGGGGUCCUUUUUUGAAGAUACUUGCAUAACAACAAGGAAUAGAACCAAUUGUGCCUCUUCAAGUUCUUCACUUUCUAACUACUUGUAUGUCUUCAUCUUGGGACAACUAUUGCUGGGAACAGGAGGAACUCCUCUCUAUACCCUGGGAACAGCCUUUAUUGAUGAUUCUGUUCCCACACACAAAUCUUCUCUGUACAUUGGAAUUGGCUAUUCUAUGUCAAUAUUAGGCCCUGCUGUUGGCUAUGUAUUGGGAGGACAGCUGCUAACCUUGUACAUUGAUGUGGAUUUGGGACAAAGCAUAGCUAUCACUGAAGAUGAUCCACGAUGGCUGGGGGCGUGGUGGAUUGGAUUUCUUCUGUGUUGGCUCUUUGCUUGGUCUUUGAUAAUACCUUUCUUAUGCUUUCCAAAACAUUUACCAGGCACAGCAAAAAUCCAUAGUGAAAGAACUUGCCAGACUCAUCAGGAAAAGCAUAGCUCCUUAAAACACACAGAGGAGAAUUUUGGAACAAGUUUGAAAGAUUUUCCAGCUGCUCUAAAGAAUUUGAUGCGGAAUACUGUCUUUAUGUGUUUAGUUCUUUCAACUGCUUCAGAAGCCUUAAUUACUACUGGGUUUGCUACAUUUUUACCUAAAUUUAUAGAAAAUCAAUUUGGAUUGUCUUCCAGCUUUGCAGCCACGCUUGCAGGGGCUGUUUUAAUUCCUGGAGCUGCUCUUGGUCAGAUUUUAGGUGGUGUCCUUGUUUCAAAACUCAAAAUGACAUGUAAAAACUCUAUGAAGUUUGCUUUGCUCACAUCUUUAGUUGCGUUUGCACUGAGUUUUGUAUUUGUUUAUGCCAACUGUGAAAAUGAGCCACUUGCUGGUGUGUCUGAAUUGUAUAAUGGGUUUAAAAUUUUGCCCACGUCCCAGGGAAAUUUGUUGAUGUCUGCAGACAUUUUGGUUGUCAUCACUGAGGGUUGCUAUAGACAUCUAGUUUGUAGAGACCAGGGAUGCUGGACAGGAAAACUGGGAAACUUGACCGCUCCUUGUAAUGCCAAUUGUAACUGCUUGCGAUCAUAUUAUUAUCCUGUCUGUGGAGGAGAUGGAAUCCAGUAUUUUUCUCCCUGCUUUGCAGGUUGUAGAAAUUAUAUUUCAAAAAGACAUCUGAAGGUAUAUUACAACUGUUCCUGUAUUGAAAGGAAUAUAGAAAUGACACCUACUUUGGCAAAUUUUGAUUUUGAAGCUAAAGCUGGAAAAUGUGAAAAUCGAUGUGCAAAGUUGCCCGUUUUUCUUGGCAUUUUGUUUGCUACAAUUAUCUUUACAUUUAUGGCUGGUACUCCUAUAACUGUGUCCAUCCUAAGGUGUGUUCAUCACAGGCAGCGGUCCCUAGCAUUGGGAAUACAGUUUAUGCUGCUUCGAUUAUUAGGCACAAUACCUGGACCAAUUAUAUUUGGUGUCACAAUAGACAGCACAUGUAUUUUGUGGGAUAUUAAUGAAUGUGGAGCUAAAGGAGCUUGCUGGAUUUAUAAUAACAUCAAGAUGGCCCAUAUGCUAGUAGCCAUAAGUGUUACUUGUAAAACUAUCACCGUUUUCUUCAAUGGGUGUGCAGUCUUUUUGUAUAAGCCGCCACCAUUAGGCACAAAUGUAUUAUUUGAAAAUCAGGAAACAGUUGUGAGUACUGUUACAGUAGAAUGUGAUCUCAGCAAUACAGGAAAUGAAGGGUGAAAUAGAAAAAGGAGACUACUUUACAGCUGGAAAAUUGGCCGUCAUUUGUAAGAGUGCACAUUGUCAUUGCAGCAAUAUCUACCCAAUAUGGACAAUCACAUUUUAAAAGUUGGUAUUUUAUAAUUAAAUGUGUUUUCUGUACAUUUAUGGACUUAUUUUUGUUUUAAUGUAAGAAACAGACCUGUGCCUUCAGAGCCCACCGAAAGCCUCAGAACACACACACACACACACACACACACACACACACACACGUAUGCAGGCGCACACACACAGACACUUCCCAUUGUCCAGGUGUGAAAUAACAAGAUAAUAAACUAAAUUAGAAAAAAUAGCCAAUUAUUAGUUAAAAGUUUACAUUUUAAAGACAAGGUGACAUUUCUGUUCUUUUUGCAACUUGUUUUAAUUAUCAUUGCCAGUGGUUUGGGCUUAUUUAGGAAAAUUUGUGGUAUAAAAAUGUAAACUAAUCAAAUUUAUGUGAUGAUUUUUAAGAACUAUUACUGAAUACUCAUGAAUUUAAAACUAGCUAUUUUGUUUUUAAAUUUAUAUACACUAGUCUGUCCUUUAUCAUAAAAGGUUACUGAACUAUUAAAAUAUAGGUUAUCUUUUUUGUGUCCCAGUAUAUAGUGAAUUUAGAAAUAGCAUUACAUCUACAUAUAUUUUCAAGAAUUCCAGGAGGUAAUUUGCUAAUCUUGCCUAUUUUUAACACUUUAAUGAUUCCAAGACAGUAUUCAAUUAUAUGUCCUCCAGGAAAAAGUACCAGAUUCAGUAAAGAAAAGUGCCAAUUACAUAUGAAAAGAUUUUUUUUUAAUGGCUUAGGUGCAUUUUAUUGGUUUUCUUUGAAAAGAUUUCUUAAUAAACUGUUGAUCAGUGUUUACAUAAGUCAGUAAUUUAAUUUUUCUCAUUUUAAAAACUUGUUACUUAGUAUAUUAUUUAUGGCACCUAAAAUAGUGGUUUGCUCAUGGUAGGCAUGUAUUAGUGUUGCUUGACUCUUUAACUGAUCCAUUUAUUUGAAAGAUAAAGUAUUUCACAUAUCUGAUAACAUUAUAACACUCUAUGUCUUCAGUUCAGAUUUAAGCCAACUUUGUCUACUCAGAAUGUAGAGGAAAUAGAUCAGUGAACAACAACAAAUUACUUCUACCUGGUCAAGAAUUUUACUGAUUCAGAAAAGUGUUGAAGUUCAUCCUUAAUUUAGAGAGAAGAAAAAAAUCACCCUAUCUAUACAAAUAGUUUGAACAAGUCAUUUAAAUAAUUGGCAUUCCCAAUGGUUUUUAGUUAUGAAGGGUUUUGUCUUAUUCAGUGUACUCAAUUUUAUAAGAUGAUACAUUUUUACAAACUUUUUAAUGAAAAUGGGUAAAGCGAAAAUAAUUUUGACCCUUGAAAGAAGUCAGACUCUUAUACAUAUUUACAAAGAGUACCUCAUUUCAUGACAGGGCAGUGUAGACACUACUAUAAUUUAUAAACAUUAUUUAUACUUUUGAAUCAGCUGGAUUAUAUGUGUCGUUGGUGUGCUACUUUAAGAACAAAAUUUUUCAUAGUAUAUUUUUUCACAAUUUAUAUGAUUAAUUUUAUAUUAAGCUUGAAUCUAUAAAUCGACCUGUGGUGGUUUUUGUACAUAAUUGGAUAUAUGUCUUAAAACUUACUUUUAACAUUUAGAUUUCCCUAAUUGUAGCACAUAAAAAUCUAAAACUCUUAUAUAUGAAAGAACUAUAUACAACUGGUUUAGCUAUGUAAAUUGGGGAAAAAUAUAAAGAGAAUUUUAGCUCUGUUUCCUUGUAGUAUUUUCUUUAGUUUAAACAAUUAUGUAAAAUGCAUAUAUGUAUCUUUUUAAAAAUGAGAA